AUGAACCAAGAACAAUUUAGAGGAAUUAAAAGUAAUCCAAAAGCUGGAAAGAGUCAAAAGGGUCAAUCACUCUUUACUCGUCAAAAACCUAGUGUUACAUUCUUGGAGGAAAUUGCAGAACCUUAUAUUCCAAAACUUUACAGUACCAAUAAUCCAUCAUCAGGAAUUAAAGAAACCUUCUCAAGACUGUGGUUUCAAUUUUUGAAGGUUUUAAGUCACAACAGAUCUCUUUUCCGUAUUUUCAGAAGAUUGGGAAGUCAAUUUGGAGUUAAAGGCAAUGCUAAUUUUCAAAAGGAAGUUUUUGAACAUUUUCUAGAGUAUAAAAAAGGAAUUGCAAAUAACGACCUCAAGAAAUUGAACAAAGUUUGUACAUCAAGAGUCUUAACUCAACUAAAGAGAGAUAGUAGACAUAAUUCAGAAAAAUAUCAAAUUGAAUUAACUACAAAUUCUAAACCAAAGGUUGUUCACUCUUUCAUUUUGGAUGUUAAUCAAAACAAAGAAAUAGCACAAGUAACUGUUAAAAUGGAUUUGAAUGAGAAAUUAUUCAGCAAACAGGAUAUAGCUGGUGGAAAACAACAAUUGAACCUUGAGUCUGAUGAAAACAAAGUAUAUUAUGUAGUAUUUGAGAAACCAUUAGAUGAUUUCAGCAAACAAUGGAUGAUUGCUGGUUUUGUUGAUCCUGCCAAAAAGUAUAUCGAACCAACAACAAAAGAAAUCAUGUAUGGCGGAAGUGCACAAAAAUUAACAAAUGCAAAUGAAAUAUAA